CCGUCUCGAGAAAAGAUGGUCAAGCUUGUUUGUGCGAUCGUUGGUGUGGCUGGAAGCGCUUUCCCUGUGGACAUCGACGCGAGCCAGCUGGUGGGAGACUUGAAGGAGGUGAUUAAGGCGAAGAAGCCGAAUGACUUCAAAGAUGUUGAUGCAGACAAGCUGCAUCUCUUCCUGGCGAAGCAGCCCGUCGAAGAUGAGAGCGGCAAAGAGGUCGUCCCUGUUUACCGCCCUUCUGCGGAGGAGAUGAAGGAGGAAAGUUUUAAAUGGCUCCCAGACGAACAUCGGGCUGCUCUGAAGCUGGUGGAAGGAGAAUCUGAUGACUACAUCCAUGCGCUGACGGCCGGAGAACCGAUUCUAGGCUCAAAGACCUUAACAACGUGGUUUUACACGAAGAACAACAUGGAGCUUCCAUCCAGUGAGCAAAUUCACGUGCUGGUGGUGGUUCCAGAUGGGGCUGGUGGUUCAGCGAGUGACACUUCCAGGAUGGAUCGUCUAUUCGAUAAGGUCGACAAAGUGUAUGAGCACACUGUGCUGUCCAAGCGUACGCGAUAUGUCCACUCAGAAAUGAACUCAGCCAAGGGAAACAUCCUUUUGAACGAUUUGAAAAUUCGGAUUUCGCCUGUGGACACAGUUAAAUUCGCCGGUGGAGUUCCAACUCCAGCAAAGGAAUUCAAGUGGAAAAGUGACCGUACCGAGGAGCAGCAAAAGGAACCUUAUCGUGAGUACGUGGUAGCCAACAUUGGCGAUGUCUUGACGAAUAACAAGCUUUGCGUGGUUGGUGUGGAAAAAGGCGUAAACAUCCUCACCGUUGAAGUCCCUGGUCGCGAUAUUGUUCUUGCUGGUCGCACGGAUAUGAUUGUGCUGAGUGAUAUAGCCCAGAAGUUUCCACAUUACUUGCCUCAUUUGCCUGGAGUGAGGAUGUUGAUCGAAGUGAAAAAGGUGGUGACAACAGCGUCCGAGUUCCAGGCUUUGUCGGAAUUGAUUGCAUUGGAUAUCAUCGCUACGGAAUCAGUGAUGGCACUGCUCACGAACUUGACAAACCAUUGGCAAUUCUUUUGGGUCUCCAGGAAGAGCGACGACCGUGUCAUCAUAGAGACUACAACCUUAAUCGCGCCAGGUGAAGCAUUUGCGGUAAUUAGGACUCUGCUUGACCAGUCACCGAGUGCAGGUGCCGAGGUCAGCCUUCCGUGCUUUGAAAAACCUGUGAAGCGUCAGAAGCUAUCCCAGUUGCUGCCGUCCAUCAGCGAGGCUAGUGGGAGUAGUGGGAUCCGUGAGAGCAUCGAACGAUAUUAUGACAUCGCCAGUAUGUUAGGUCCCGACUUGGAGAUGGCGCGUGCUGUGGCUAGCCAGGUUGCUCGAUCUAUUCCUACUUUGAGUUAUUUCAGCUGAUUCUUGCUGCGGCAUUCUGCAUUAAUAAAAUUAUUUUUAUUUCUGACAAAUAAAA